AUGCUUCGGCCAAUCACAAUCUUUACAACUCGCCGACUUGGUGGGGCUCUCCUGGCGAACUUCGCCUUCCUCAAGACGCCGAACUGCCUCCAACGAAGCACUUCACAUCGCUCUCAUUUCUCAAUGCCGCGGAAUAGCCCGGCAACCAAGGUUGCCUGCACCCUGUGUCACGAGCGCCGGGUAAAGUGCGAUCGCAGUGAUGACGUCGCGUGUUCCAAUUGUCAAAUUGCCCAGCGCGAUUGUGACCCCAUUAUUUCGCGCCGUGGACGAAAGCGAAAACUUCCUCUCGUGCUCUCAGAGUCAGUUUCGAAGAAAAUUUCUCCACAGAGCUCCCACUCUUUGACGCAUGGAGCGGUUCCGUCUUCAAAAAGGCCUCCAGUCACUGCCGCUGCAAACGAUGGGGAACCAGGGCAAAGGCCAUGCUUUCCUGCCCUUGACCCUGGUGGUAAAACACCGUAUGUUGGAGAUUCCUCUAACCUUAACUACUUGGUCCAGCAGUUCGGAAAUCCCUUUGACGGUACAACGGAUACUCGCCCACUUCAAGACCGCCUACAAGGCGCAAUGCUGGCUAGACUUGGCCAGUCUACAGCGCAAGAAAUUGAGCAAUCCCGAAUUUCCAACAUCACACGCCUCAGAGCUGAGGGGGCUUUUAAUUCGCCGGACCCCGAGACCAGCCAAGCUCUUCUCGAUUCAUAUUUCCAAAAUUCCUUUGCUGCACUGCCUAUCCUCGAUCGGUCUAGAUUUCUUGCCCAGCUUGAAGAGGGAUCUGCUUCACAGUUACUCUUGAAUGCGGUUUACCUCACUGGCACCGUCUACUGCUCCGAUUUAACCAUUUUGGGUGCUGGAUUUACUUCACGUUACAGCGCCAGCCUCACGUUUUAUCAGAGAGCCAAAUCGAUCUACGAUGCCGGACUUGAGCCAGAUACCAUUACAAUGAUUCAAGCCACGUUCCUCAUGUGUCAUUGGUGGAGCGGUCUUCUCGAGCAAAAAGACCCUUGGCACUGGAUCGGUAUCUCUGUAGGGAUGGCGCAAGCUUUGGGGUUGCACCAGGCGAAAUCAUACGUUCGAUUAGGAGACACAGAUCGUAAGUUAUGGCGCCGAUUGUGGUGGAUGAUAUAUGCCAUGGAUAUAAACUUGUCCAUGUUUCUUGAUCGCCCACCGCGCGUCCAAGGAAGGCUUUGCAAUGUCCCACCUCUCACAGAAGCAGAUUUCGAGACAGGCGACAAUCCCAAAAACAGUGGGGAUUCCGUCGAACAGUCCUACGCAAGCGGCGACUUUCUUGUCAAGGCAGUACAGCUUGCUCGUAUUGAUACUCUGGAUCUAAGAGUGACCGGAAGCUCAUCACACUGGAUGACCAGGACAUACCGAUUAGUCUUGCAUCGGAGCAAUCCUCGGUUCUCUGGUAAUACAGGGCCUGGUACUCCAAUAUACGAUAUAUGCACGGAUAUAUAUCACAUGCUGGAGAUACUAUUGGCAAAGGAUCUCAUAAACUCAACUGCUGGAAAUAUAAUCGCUUCAGUCCUCUCCCUGCUUUCGAUCCAGGUACUGAACAUUCACAAAGGUGAAUCAGGUGUUCGAAUGAUUUCCGAGCAUCGCGCCCGAUUCUGCAUGAUGAUACUUGAGAGUCUACAAGACAGAUUGCCGAUAUUGGCGGCCUUUCUCCCAAUAUAUGAGUCACUUCUCAAGAGCAACCAUACAGGACAGAGACUGGGUCGCGAAAAAGUACAGGAGUGUCCACCAGAGCAAACGACUCAACCCGAAGCGUGUAACGCGGAAACUGGAAUCCAACAUAAUCUUUUGAACACCACUGAAGGGCUGUUUGAUCAAGUGCCGCAGGAUAGCUUGGGCACAAUGUUUCCAUUUUCAUUUCCAUUUGGUAACCUGUUUGAAGAUGUUAUCUUUGGCUAA